AUGGGGGAGCCCCCGGCGCCGCCGCCCCUCCCCCCACAGCUGCGCCCCCCCAGGCCGGGGUCCCCCGUGCGGGGGGGGGCUGCGGGUGCAGGUGACCCUGGGGACCCUCACGGCCGUGCUGCCCGAGCAGGGCGGGGCCCCCAGCCCCGCCCACCAGCGCCUGUGGGCGGAGCUCUGCGACGGCCACGCCCACCCCGCCUGGGACCAUGCCCUGCCCUUCCCCCACCUCAGGCUGUCGGCGGGGGGGGCGCAGCUGGGGCUGGACUCGGGGGGCGCGGGGGGGGCCCCGGGGGGGGCUCUCUCUCGCCCGCCUGGAGCUGCUGGAGGAGCUGCCGGGGGGCGCGGCCGCCCCGCCUGCAGGUUCUGUGUUUCCCCACCCCCCCGGCCGCCGGCCCCGCCCCCGCCCAGCCCGUGCUCCGCCUACGCUGGGGCCCCCCCGGCCCCGCCCCCCGCGGGGCCCCGCCCCUCCCCAAGGGCCCCGCCCACCCGCUGGAGCUGGGGGUGGAGCUCCGCCCCCUCGAGGCCGAGCUGGACCUGGGGCUGCUCGAGCGCCUCGGCCCCGCCCUCGCCGCCAUCUUUGGCCCCGCCCAUGACACGCCCAUGGCAGAGGACACGCCCCCUGGAGAGGCGCGGUGGGCGUGGCCCCUGGUGCGGUGGGCGGCGCCGGGGGCGGGGCUGCGGCUGUGGCUGCCCCUGACCGACCUGCGCCCCGCCCCCGCCCGCGCCCCCCCGCCCCGGCUCCGCCCCGAGAGCCUCCGGGUGGGGCUGGGGGCGCCCCGGGGCUGGGCGGGGCCGGGGGGCGGGGCCAUGGCCUGCGAGCACCUGGAAGUGACCUACGAGGCCGAGGACAUGGGGACCCUGCCCUGCCUGCGCGCCGAGCCGGGGCCCGGCCCGGGGGGGGGCCCACGGCAUCCCCACGCUGGAGGUGACGGUGGCCGCGGCCCCCCCCGCAGGGCCCCCCCGGGCCCCCCCCGACCCCGUUCUCCGCCCGGCGCAGCAUCUACGAGAGCCACGAGCUGGUGCUGCCGGGGACCCCCGAGGAGCUGGGGGGCGUUCGUGGGGGGGGCCCUGGGCGGGGCCCCCUGGAGCCUGCAGGUGACGCUGCCCCGCGCCCACCUGAGCCUGACCCCCCCCCGAGCUGCUGCAGCGGCUCUUACAACAGGGGGAGCCCCGAAACCUGGGGAGAAGCCCCCGCACCUGCCGGGGCUCCCCAAACCCCGGGGGUGGCCACGGAACCCGGGCACACCUGGGGGGCUCCUGAGUGGCCGCAGGUGA